AUGAGGAACGUCCAAAGGGUUGCAGCUCCGCCAGGAUAUAGGUGGACCCCGCAACACUUCGUGGAGAAAAUACGCGAAAAGCCCGUGGAUUUCAUCACUUUGUUGUUAUUCAUCGCCCACAUACUGGGAUUUUUCUGCUUGCUCAUAGUGCUCAAAGUGCGGCACUCUAGGAGGAAAUUAUUCGCGGUAUCGCAUUAG